GGUCAUAAUAUGGCUAAACAUUAGGUCACCGAAAUGGUGUCGUUAAUUAGUCUUCUCAUUUCAUAGACCUACUUGUCAGAUAUCGGAUGUUACACCAGCCGAAAAUGCAUAUUCAGGGAAAGCCAUGUAUGCCAACCCGCUGAGAAUUCUCUAUCCUUCGGAGGACAGUAUCGCUGACCUGCAGCAAGAGAUACUCCAGCACCCUAUCACAACCAACCAUAUCCUCUUUCCACCAAGCCCUUCCGGACCCCCGCUGAACUUCACUGAAGGUCCCUUAAGGCCGAAUUAUGUCGUCUUCACCUUCACACUCUUCUUUACUUUUGUGGGCGUUCUUGGGAACUUUGUUGUCAUCAUUACGUUCUCGUCCACUCCUAAACUUCGAAACCAAACAGGUCUGUGCAUGAUAAACUUGGCCAUAGCUGAUUUCAUAAUAGGUGUCUUCUACUUGUGUGUAAGCUUGCCCUGUUCACUUCAUGGCGACUGUCUCAUCAUAAGCAGCCACCCGAUAUGUCUCGGUGCCGUCAUCAUCUCCUAUACCAGCUACGGAGCAGGGUUCUGCUCCCUAGCUGUUGUUAGCCUCAACCGAGCCUUUCUAAUAAGUCGACCACUCCAGUACAAAUCCAUUUUCACCAAGAAAAGGAUCUUGGCAAUUCUGAUUGGAAUCUGGAUGUUUUCCUUAAGUAUCACAUUGGGUUUCACUCUGUCUAAACCACACACCAUCAAGUUCGACGCCGCGUAUUACAAUUGCGGAUUAGCCGCCGAUGACAAAGAUGCAUGGCCGUAUUCCUAUAUCAUCAACAUCCUUGGAUUCUUGAUUCCAGUUGCAAUUGCGACGGCUUGUAGUUAGAAAAUUCUAAUUAUAACACGGGACGCAGGUCGUCGAGUGCAUCAGCGGACCGCCGACUCACCAAGGACACACGACUCCGUCAGACGACGUCGACCAAAUUCAUCUCGCGGGAGUCGGUCUGAUCUUGAAGUCACCAUGCGCAUCUUCGUUGUUGUGAUAACGUUCAUCGUCUGCUACUUGCCAUACCAAAUACAGCUUGUUUAUGCCCGUUACACGGGUAAUAUGUUUCCAAAUACAGCGUCUUUGUUUGCCGUCAUGUUGCUAUGGAUGGACACUGCAGUGAACCCGACACUAAUCGCAUUUACCUAUUCCAAUUUCAGGAAGGUGUUAAGAGAGAAACUCGUCACACUUUGCCCAGGCCGUAGGAGGUCAUUCAUCGAGGAGCCUGGAACCCAAGAUGGUAACUUAACGACCAAACCUACAGUCCUUCAAUCAAACAGUAGUUCUUAUAAGAAGACAACCACAACGUCUUCUAGUAGGAAGAUACAUUCGGUGUCAAUCGAGGUAGAAAGCACACACUAAUAACAGUGUGACAAAAUGGUUUUACAUGGCUGUAUGCAUUCAGGGUAUGAGGGGGAGGGGAGUAUCUCUGACCAUGUCGUCGCGGGUCGGCAAAGAUCGAGGAAAACCCCU